UCUUAUCUGUCUGCCUCAUAUUCCCAGGGGUGGAUUUACUAUGAAACUAAUAAAGCUUAAGCUUCAGGGGCCCUUAAUCCCGGAGGGGCCCCAUAAAUGACUUUAGUCCACAUUGCUUAUAAAUUUUAGGGCCCACUUAACAGUUCAAGCUUCAGGGACCCAAAAAUGUAGGUCUGCCACUGCACGUUUCCCAGGGGUUGCAUCACCCCUGUGGGUUUGGCUCACCGCCAUUAACGUAAGACCGGUUGUCCGUUGCAGAUCGUGGAGCAGUCGGAUGUGGUGCGGUACAUGGUGGUACUUCUGUAUCCUGAGUACCACAGUGUACCGUGGUAUCCUUAUAUCUCACCUGACAGUACCAGUCCGCAGCCCUACCCUCGACACCCUGGACCAGCUGGCCUCCAGCAACCUCCAGUGGGGCAUGCUCGACACAUAUGACUCUGGCUACCAGCUCUUUCGCGCCUCUAAGGUACCAGUGUACCAGACACUCUUCCACAAGAUGCAGUACCACAACAUGAAGUCUUCCAUGAACAAAGUUCUACAAGGUAACUACGCUUUCAUAUCGUGGAAGACUUACUUCAGGAACCUCAUCGCUCGCUACUACUCAGACAACAACGGCGCCACUCAGGUUUAUAUUGCUAGGGAAGAGUUCUUUCCUGGAGGCUUCGGUUGGGCCUUCCCGAAGGACUCUCCUUACCUGAGUUCCUUCGACCGGGUGUUCCAGCGACUGGUGGAGUCUGGUCUUAUUGACAAGUGGAUGACCGAUCUAAUCCAGCUGUCAGCCUCCGAGAACAGGGAGAAGGUGCUACUGGAGGCGGAGGUGGAAGGUGCCGAGGCUUUCACUGUGUUCCACCUGCAGGGGAUAUUUUUAAUCAUGCUCGGAGGGUUCCUGCUGGCAUUGAUGGCCUUCCUGGGGGAGGUGAUGCUGGGGUACCUCAGUGUUGAAUUGAAGUAGUGGGGGAUGGGGAAGCUGUAACAGUCACUCCUAAUCUUUUCCACAACGUCUACCCUCCCAUUACUACUGUUACUUCCCUAUCCAUGGCAUCGAACACACUCCACCUCACCGCCACCUCCACAACCUCCCCUCCUCUCCCAAUCUUUCAAAGAAUAUAUGCACCGAGAGGUAUAUAUCUGUUGGUGUAUAUACACUGAGAGCUUACCUUAAUCCCUAUUGUAGGGACUAAAGCAUUCUCGUGUAACUGAUAGGAUUUAAACUCCAUUAACCAACCAACCUUUCCUGCUACGAGUCCUGGUCUCAGACCGAGCCGCGGGGGCGUAGACCCCUGAAACCCUCUCCAGGUAUACUAGAGGUAUACGUCUAGCAUUCAAGGUUCACUAACCUAUUACAUUAUUAUAAUAAUCACAACUAAGAGCUAAACCCUAAACUGUACCUCCAUCACCACCUCCAUCACAACUGUACCUCCAUCACCACCUCAUAUAUUGUAUCUAAAUCUUCACAAAAAAUAUUAAAAAACUUGUGUCAACAAUUUUCUCAUAAAUCUGAAAAUAUAAUUUUAUAUUUUCUCUUUAAAUAUAAUAUUCAGUAAUUUUGGUGCUUAUUAAUAA